GUCGCUCGCUCCCGUCGGACUAAACAAUCGGAUUUGCACGGUUUUCUGCGCAUUGUGACCAAGGGCCAAGCUAGUCAAGGCUAGUGAAACCUCGAACCAAGUCGCCACACGUCUGCCGGCCUUUCCACACACACACUCUCUCCCACUGUAUCCCUUCGUCUCAGCCCUGUCGCCUCCGCUGCGCUGCGCUGCGCUGCGCUUCUCGUUGCUUUGACAUCCGUCCCCCCCCCCCUCCAUAUUGAGCGUCUCUUUCAUAUAUCCAACUUCCGUCCGCUCCUUGCAAACCGCCAUUGCCCGCCACACCAACGGUCCCUCCCUCUCCCUUUCAUUCCUUUGCAUUACUCGACUUCCUCGUACGGCGACCAAACAGCUCUAAACCUCCUCGACCGAGCCAGUCCCUAAUCCCACCACAUCCGAGACCGACCGAAGUGCGACGCCGCCGCCCCCGAAGCCCGCAAUGGUGAACGAAACGAUCCCACCCACGAUGGCGACAAACUUCACGUCCAUGGCCGGCGACCUCCCGCCGCUGCCGGCCUACACCCUCAAGCCCUACGCCGACAUCAUUCCCGGCCUGCCCGACGUCUACCUGCGCAUCUUCCUGCCCAUCGUCGUGUACUGGGUCCUGUCCAUGUUCUUCCACCUGAUCGACGUCUACGACAUAUGGCCGCAGUACCGCCUGCACACCCCCGAGGAGAUUACCAAGCGCAACCACGUCUCCCGCUACGAGGUCGCCCGCGACGUCGUCCUUCAGCAACUAAUCCAGAUCUGCAUGUCCAUCUUCCUCGAGUACAUCGACGACGAACAGCUCACCGGCAGCGAGGACUAUGACGUCGCCGUCUGGGCCACCCGCGUCCGCAUCGCCCAGCGCGCCCUGCCCACCUUCCUCGGCCUGCUCGGCCUCAAUGCCGCCUCCAUUUCCAAGAACAUGUCGGCUUCGCACCCCUUCAUUGCCGGCGCCCUCGCCGGGGGGCACUACCCCUUCCUCACCGCCGAGCUCGAUGGGUCGCACGCCGUCGUUCCGGCCUUCGCUGCUUGGGAACUGCUCGUCGCAAAGGCCAUCUACUGGCUCGUCAUCCCGGGGCUCCAGCUCUUCGCCGCCAUCUCGAUCCUCGACACAUGGCAGUACUUUCUCCACCGCCUCAUGCACGUCAACAAGUGGAUGUACACAACCUUCCACUCGAGACACCACCGCCUGUACGUGCCCUACGCCUACGGCGCCCUCUACAACCACCCGUUCGAGGGCUUCCUCCUCGACACCCUCGGCGCCGGCAUGGGCUUCCUCCUGACCGGCAUGAGCGCGAGGCAGGGACUGCUGUUCUUCUGCCUCUCGACCAUCAAGACCGUCGACGACCACUGCGGCUACUCGCUGCCGUGGGACCCCCUUCAGCACAUUACGAGCAACAACGCCGCCUACCACGACAUCCACCACCAGACAUGGGGCAUCAAGACCAACUUCUCCCAGCCUUUCUUCACUUUCUGGGACCGCGCCCUCGACACGCGAUACAGGGGCGACAGGCAGAACCGCAUCCUGGCCGCCAAGGGUAAGGGGGCAGCAGUGGAGGCCAAGUCCGAAUGAAGAGGUCCGAGUCGAACCUCGGCGAUCCGAGCCAUCCGGCGAAAGGGGAAAGGGGGAUUGAAGAAGAAGAAAAAAAAAACCCCCGAAACAUAAUAUUACACACCUACAACACGAGCAUCAACUUCGAUUCUGUACAGCGGCGUCUUUACCUUCAACACCGACAAAGUCGAGACUGGUUUUUUGGUUUCAUUGGGAAAUAAGGAAGCAGGCUUGCCGAGGAAUCAAUUAUCAAGGGGAGGCAGAGGAGCCGACCCGUUACAUAAUUAACCUAGGGGAAAGCAUUGGGACGAGGCGUUUUCAUGUCAAACAAGGCAAUGUUCGAUUAACGAGGGGAGGGAGGAGGGGGUUGGGAGCAGGACAGAUAUCACCCGGGUUUGUCUUCUUUCCUUCCACGUUUAACCCCCCCAAGCAUUGCGAUCACGAGAGAAGAAUGGAAGAAGAUGACAAACAUUAUUGGGGUUUUUUGGGGGGUUUCUGCCGGUCGUUGUUUCCUCCCCCCUCUUUCAUGUCUUUUUUUUAUACAUUUUUUUAUUAUAUUUCGUGGCUCUCUCCAAACUGUACAGCUCGUGCGUAAAGCGUGCGAGCCUUUGCUCGCUCCUCUUUGAUCUAUCGGCAUCCUUCGAGAUGUGUCGAAGGCGUGGCGGAACGUGGGCACGAACUC